CACCUAACAGAGAUCGUGAGAUGACUUGCCGCAUUUAUACGCGCCCACCUCACGGAGACACGAACUAGUCCCACGUUUGCUUCCCGGCGGCAGUUUCUGACGUCGCCGUUAAACCGCUUCCCGGAAAAGCAUCGGAUGGAUUGCCAGAAUCAUCGCUGAAAAGAGUCUCCGACGAGUAGAUAGGAACACGCAGACAUAUAUUUAACCGGGGAUCGUGUCGAAAUGAGUAACGUGGAGCUGCUCCAUAUCGAGCCUUUAGAGCUUAAGUUUCAAUUCGAAUUGAAGAAGCAGAUCACAUGUUCGCUGCAAUUAACAAACAAAUCUGAUAAUUAUGUCGCUUUCAAGGUGAAGACUACGAAUCCGAAGAAGUAUUGUGUAAGGCCUAACACUGGAAUUGUGAUACCGCACUCUACUUGUGAUGUCAUAGUUACAAUGCAAGCACAGAAGGAGGCCCCGCUGGACAUGCAGUGCAAGGAUAAGUUCCUGCUUCAAUGUGCCAUUGCAAGCCCAGGAGCCACGGCAAAGGAUAUUACUCCUGAAAUGUUCAAUAAGGAGUCUGGGAAUCAUGUUGAGGAGUCCAAGCUGAAGGUGGUUUAUGUUUCACCUCCUCAACCUCCGUCACCGGUGCAAGAAGGUUCUGAGGAAGGUUCCUCACCUAGGGCUUCAGUGUCUGAAAAUGGAGCUGUAAAUUCAUCAGAUUUCAAUAAUGUCUCAAGAGCAUUUGUUGAUUCUCAAGACAACUCAUCAGAGACAAAAGCUCUCAUUUCAAAGUUGACGGAGGAGAAAAAUUCUGCCAUUCAGCUUAAUAACAAGCUACAGCAAGAAUUGGAGCUGUUGAGACGCGAACACAAGAGAGGGCACAGUGGCAUUUCACUUAUGUAUGUUGUUAUUAUUGGCUUCAUCGGCAUUCUUCUUGGCUAUAUUUUGAAGAAGACAUAACAAGCCAUGCUUGGUUUGCAUUCCUGCUGUAAUGUCAGCCCUCCAGAUGUCUGAAAAUUUUAGAACUAUCAAGAGAAAAAAGUUGUGACUGGUCGAGGAAACCUUUGUAUCAAAUAGCUGUCUGGUCGGACUUGAAACAAAGCCGUUAAGGAACAGGUUUGAUGAGUUCUGUAAUUGCGGGGAGUUUUGGGCUUGAAAGGACUCCUACAACGCCCAAACCAUCUAUUGUAUUUGUAGUUUCCGACUGGCUUGUUUCGUUUUCCAUUUCUUUUCAUAAGCAUGAUUUUCUUUUUAUAAAUUAUUUUUGUUCUAAUUAUC